CAUGGUGGAUUUUUUAUUCGUUAUGAGAUUACCACAGAUUUCAUGAUGCUUCUUUUUUAGGUUUGCUUUGGAACAAUCGUUGAUUCUUGUUAUAAGACGUCUUUUGAAUUUUUACACAUUCGUAAGGUUUUUUCAGUUGUCCCCCCUGUUUAUAAUACGACACCUGCCUUCUCUAGGAAUACUUUAAUGACGUGGCUCACUCCAGAAAUAAUUUUGACUUUUCCCCCUUCUAUUUUCUCCUGGAGAGGAAACAUGUGCGGUACAUGUGCGAUCGGUGACUCGUGCCUACCCCUCAGAUUUAUAUUCUUCCGUGUUCACCUCGUCGUCUGUCCCGCGCCAGUGUAGAGAAUGGCGACGUUCACCAAACGGAGGGUCGCCUACGUCGGCUUCUCGUCAUACUCGGCGGUCGCAGGUUUCGACGGAGUUUUCACGACGAGGAAAAAUUGGAAACCUUUGAUGGUGUCCAAUGGUGUCCGGGCCUUGGACUAUAUGGCGGAGGCUCAGGGCUCCAGAGGAGGCGGCGACCUCUACCAAGGAUGGAUAUACCGGACGCAGUAUGAGAACCGCGUGGGCGAUAUGACCAUGAGGGAGGAUGUCAUGAAAUUCGAACAGGAGAGGAUCAAAGCCCUCCAGGAAGAGAGGUUACACAUACAAAAGAAAACGUUCACAAAAUGGAUGAACUCUUUUCUCCAAAAGGCGAGGAUGGAGGUGGACGACCUGUUUACGGACCUCGCCGACGGAAAAAAGCUCCUCAAGCUGCUCGAGAUAAUUUCUGGCGAGAAGCUCGGGAAGCCGAACAACGGCAAAAUGAGAGUGCACAAGGUGGAAAACGUCAAUAAAAGUCUCGCUUUUCUACAUACGAAGGUCCGCCUUGAAAGUAUCGGAGCAGAAGAUAUUGUCGACGGGAACCGGCGACUGAUCCUUGGGCUCAUUUGGACAAUCAUCCUCAGAUUCCAGAUCCAGGAAAUAGAAAUCGAUGUGGUAAAGUAUCGAAGAUUUAGGUCUUAUUGAUUUUAAUUAAGGUAUAUUAAAUGCAUAGAUUAUAAAUUGGCGAUGAAAUUUUUCUAAAUGACAACAC